UCCUACGCAGCCCUGAUUGCCAUGGCCUUGGAAGGGAGCCCCGAGGGCCGCCUACCCUUGAAGGCCAUCUACCAGGCCAUCUCCACCCGCUUCCCCUUCUUCCGCCUGAGCCAGAAGGGGUGGCAGAACAGCGUCCGGCACAACCUCAGCCUCAACCCCUGCUUCGUCCGGACCCCCCGGGAAAGGGGCCAAGGCAAGAGCAGCCUCUGGAGCCUGGACCCGGCCUACCGGGGCACGUUCAAAGGAGGGCGAUACCGGAGACGGAGACGGAGACGCAACCAGGGGCCGCCCAACCCUCCUCCUCCACCUCUGGUUCACCCAGAAGCCCACCCAGGACCCCCUUAUUUCCUCCCAGCUCCACCACCUCAGCCCUACUUCUUCUCUACGCCCCCUCCGGUGGGCACACCACAGCCCUACUAUGCGUCCUAUCCCCGGGUCCUCUUCCCCGGAGGAGGACAACCCUUCAUGCCCGAAGGAUCUUUCCAACCAUCUUGGAAUUGGCAGGAAGGGGUCUACUACCACGGAAGCCUUUCUCCCUAAGGAAAUGGGUUGCAGAAAGUCAAGGUCCUAGUCCUCUGCGAGGAAAACUCUCAAGCUAGGCCUACACCAGGCAUG